AUGGGUAAAUUAGGUGUGAUUAGCUGGCCAAAGGAAACCUGGGAUAGUAGAGUAGGCGUGUAUCCUCCUAGCAAGGAGGAGGUGCGUAUAUGGGUUCUAGAGGAUGACGACGAGAAACAGGAUUGGUCGGAGUAUGCCUACACUCUAUCUGGUGAUAAAUUCCGUGACGUUGAAUGUGAUGUGUUCAAGGUUUACGUAGCUGGAGUGACGUCAGCUACUGGGGAAAUUGUUUUGAUGAAACGAAAAUAUUCUCACUCGGAACCGUUUUACGUUUUCUACUUCCAUCCCGAAAGGAACGUUAUCAGACGUGUUCAAGUCCAAGGUUUAGUGGAUCAUGGUACAGUACUUGACGCCUUUGUAGACCAUGUUGAUGAUCUUACAUUUGAUAUGAAGUCUUGGCAGCUGGAUUUUUCUUAA